AUGGGUCGCCUCUUGGGGCAGAUGUACGGACCAGAAUUGAAGCGACUCAAACUUGGUCACAUGUCGGCAUCCAAUGGGGUCGGCUUCGAACUUUUUCAAUUCAUUGAUCCAUCAACUGAGCGCCUCAAUGUGACGGGAGGCUUUGAAUACAGACGCGCCGGCCUUUUCCAUAUCUGCGUUACGGAUCCCGAACCCGAACAGUUGGUGCAACGUAUUGUGGCGUCGGGAGGCACACAGAUUAGUCCGGUGGUUAAUGUCUUUCCCACAGAGAUCUAUCAGGCCGUGUACACCCUUGAUCCAUUUGGCAAUCUUGUCGAAGUUAUGGCCACCUCCUACGAGCGUCAGUUGAGCAACCGCGACCUCAAUGCGACCAGCAACAUUGUCAACCCGUGA